AUGGAGCGUUUAGAAGAGCAAUUUUCAGAUCUUCACGUAGCAAAGCGUUCGGCUAUGAAAGACAACAUAACUUACAUACUUGACAUUGACGUGUCAAGCCCAGCAGAGGCACAGAACAAUCAGACAGUCGCAAUCUUGUGCUCUGAUAAAUCAAUUAGGUUAUAUAACAAGGAAACUAUGACCUGCCUUCAAGAAUAUAAUGCACACCCUGGAGUGCUGAGUGGUGUUCGCUUUUCCCACUCGAAUAACAACCUGCUGUUCUCCGCAUGCAGUGAUGGCACUGUAAAACUGUGGGAUGUUCGAGCUUCCGGUUCAGAAGCCGUACAGAUAUUUAACGGCUACCCGUCUAAUGUUUUUAUCAGCUUUGAUAUUAGUUGCAAUGACCUUGUUGUUUGCGCCGGUACUGAAAAAGUAGAAGAAGACUCUUUUCUCGUCUUCUGGGAUGCAAGAUGUAGUUCUGACAGCAAUUCUAGAGAACCUCUUGGCGUUUAUUCAGAGUCGCACAAUGAUGACAUCACUCAAGUGCGCUUUCAUCCAACCAAACCAGGCCUGGUUGCAACGGGUUCUACUGAUGGCCUUGUUAACGUGUUUGAUGUCGGGAAGGAUAAUGAAGAUGACGCCCUAAGUUCCACAUGCAAUUCUGAUUCUUCUGUGAAUGUUAUUGGUUGGGCAGGCAAAGAUUACAACCAGAUCUAUUGCUUGACACACGAUGAAGGAUUCUGUUGGUGGGAUCUUGCUCAGGUGGAGACUGAUGAACCCAUCACGCUUUGUAAGGUUGAGGAUAUGAGGGAAAAAGUCACCAGUUGUUCCAUUGAUUAUCUCAUUGGCGGACUCUAUCAUGACAAAACGGAUUCUCUGUUUCUUGUGGCCGGGUCUCACACUGGGAACAUCCACCUGUUAAGUUGUGAGUCUGAUAAACUAACCUGUUUAAAAAGUUUACAAGGAGGACAUUCUGCCACCGUUCGAUCAUUCUACUGGUGUGUGGAUGACAACUCUCUGCUAACUGGUGGAGAGGAUGCACAGUUGCUCUUGUGGAAACUGAAAAGCAAGGACUUGUCUCCUGGAAAGAAAGACUCCAUGAAAAUGGCUUCCUCUCUACAGCAGAGAGUUCGUGUGCACAACUCCAACUCCAAAUCCUAUUCCACAAAGCCAAAGAAAAUCACAGACUUUUAAUUGGAUGAAAUAAGAAGCUAAAAU